AUGAAGAAGUUUUUGCAACUCACCAAGCAAGACGACGACCCAUCCUUCAUGCUGCCCCAUGGCUGCAUCAUAUCUCCACUCGUUCUGCCUCGGUCCAACCAAACUGCCACUCGUUCUUUUUCUACCACCACAGAUAUCGAGCAAUCCUCGCCAACAAGGAGCUCGACAGCAUUGAACUCCAAGCCUUCUUUCCGUCGCCAAUCUGCCUUUACCGUUGAACCUCGACUCCCGUCUCUUUCUCUCGCGCUGGCGGCAGCUCUUUCGCCCACACUCCAACCACUCUCUGCUCCCCACCCGGCCAACCGUGGUAUCACCGGCAUGCCCUCGCCACCCGCCUCUGCCGACAAGAAGCAACUGCGCAAGCUCCACGCAAAGGCAGCGAAACUGCAGCCCAAACUCACUCCUCUCUUGCGCGAACGCGAUGUCAUCAUUACCAGCGUCAACGAAAUGCAUCGAAAGAGCGCGUCUAAGCUGGCGAUGCUCAAGAUGAUGAAGAAACGCGAUCACGAGUUCAAUGCGGGCUAUGCGGCAGCGCUCAAGAUGCACAAGGCCAGGCUUGAGAAGGCGAGACAGCGGUUGAGAGGGGUAGCGACGGAGGACCAGUAUAGGCGGUUCAUGGAGAAGUUCCAGCUCAAGGAGGAGCGACCGCUUUCCCUGCCGACAUUUCCUGUUUUAGAGAUUCCCGACUGGAGUUGA